AUGGUAUCUAGCACUUUUUUCCUGGCAUUAAUUGCCUUUUCUAUACUCCCCAUACAAAUCCUGGCAUUCCCGGCUAUAGCUCUUGAGGCGGCUGCCAGGAACCCAGACAUUGCUUCGCUAGCCAAGGCUGCGCAUAAAAAACGACUUGCUACUCGCUCCUCACCUGGAUUCAAUGCUGCUGCUCAAAUCAUUGACGUAUCUGGGGUACAUGAGUUUGUACCCCCGACUUCUAAAGAUUUGAGAGGUCCUUGCCCGGGCCUAAACGCAUUAGCCAACCAUGGAUUUAUACCUCACAAUGGAUUUGCUACGAUUUCUCAAUUGGAAACUGCAACUGAAAGGGUUUUUGGAAUGGGUUCCGACCUCGCCGUUUUCCUCACCAUCUACGGUCUCGUCAUGGACGGUAACCCCCUAUCUCUCAACCCAGGCUGGAGCAUUGGCGGACCACCUACCCAGGGCCAAAACCUUCUUGGGAAUCUUUUUGGCAUCCUAGGUGCGCCCCAGGGUCUCAUCGGUUCGCAUAAUAAAUAUGAAGGCGACACCUCUCCCACUCGCGGCGAUCUUUUUGUUUAUGGCAACUCCUGGAUAAUACAGAUGCCUCAGUUCCAAGAGAUGUUUGAUCUACAACCCGACGCUGCGACUGCAAAUUAUGAUAUUGGGGUUAUGUCUCAACUACGCCAAAUGACGUUUGAGAGGAGCGUUCGCACGAAUCCGUAUUUUUUCUACGGCCCUUUUGUGGGUAUGGCGGUUAGUAAUGCGGCACAAAGUUUCAUCUUUAGGUUUAUGGCGAAUCACACGGCAGAUUUUCCAGAAGGAAUACUAGAUCAGUUCAAUCUGAAGAGCUUUUUUGGAGUUACCGGCGAGAGUGGGGCAUUUCAAAAGAAAGAUGGAUGGGAACGUAUUCCACCUGGUUGGGGUAGAAGAGCGAUAGGUGAUGAAUAUGGCAUUCUGGAUCUUACACAGGAUAUUCUGUUCUUCACAUCCGAAUACCCAAACACCAUCACAGUGGGCGGCAAUACCGGCACAGUCAAUUCCUUCACUCCUCUCGACUUCUCGGAUCUCACAAAUGGUGUAUACAGUAUACAAACCCUCCUGGAAGGAAAUAAUCUCGCAUGCUUCCUCGUGCAAAACGCACAGUUAGCCGCGCCGGAUAUUUUAAAAGGCCUAUUUGGGGAUAUCACUGCACCAUUGGGCAUUUUGACAACGGAAACUAACGGGCUAUUGAGUGCAUUGGGCAGCUGUCCUGAGUUGGCGGAUGUAGAUCAGUCGAAGAUGAUGGCGUUUCCGGGGUCUGGAGCUACGCUAUGA